AUGUCCUUUUGGUCUUCAGACAGAGACCCUGUUGCGGCUGCAAGUGUUCUCCGAGAUGUCGGUCGAGCACUGUCGGAGCUGGAUCUGGAGGGACUGGUGAAAGAACACACAGCUUUCCUGGAUAUUCUGAAAAGGUUACUGGAAGCUGUCCAAAAGAUUAUGAAGAGAGGUCUCUUCCCUCAUAGUCUCCAGGACGAUAUCGCAGCGAUAUGGAAAUCUCUUCUGAACACGGAAGUAGAGAUGGUAUCCUCCAUGGGCCUGAACGAAAGCGAAGUUAAAACCGAGGACAUGAAAUCCGUCACCUCCAAGUUCUAUAUGAAGAUCGCAUAUUACGAGCGCUUCUCCAGCAAAAUGAUAGCGCUACGGAAAGAAGUUGCAGUACCGCUGUCACGUCUUCAUAGCGGUGUUACAAUGAUCUUUUCUCAAAAUCCUUCCAGAUCCUGGGAAGCGAUUGAGAGAUGGACUGCUGAAAGCAAGCGAUACACUGAAAAUGGAUUAGUGCAUCAAAUUAAAGAGUGGUUGCGGCCUAAAUCUGAGGUCCAAGAUAUAUACCACGCGUACACCAACACCGUUCUCUCGCCCGAUUGCGACUGGUUUCUUUCUAAGAAAGAGUAUGUUGAUUGGUCCACCAAAUCCGUGAGGGGAGGCAAUCGCAUAUUGUGGAUCUCUGAAAUUCUCGGGGUAAGAAGAACGCAGGUAGCGGCAAGAGUCAUCGAGAAGCUCCGAGAAGAUGAGCGUACGGUAGCUUAUUUCUUCUCUAAGGAAACCUUCUCGAAAGGCGACGUUCGAAGUGUUAUUGCCACACUAUGUUGGCAGCUUCUCACUCAGUUCCCAGAAGAUAUUGGGCUACUAUCGGAAGUUUUCAACAAAGGUUGCGAGCCCAAUGAAAUUAACAUCCGGGGUUGUCUUCAGCGUAUGUGUCAAAAGAGACAUGCAAUAAUACUUCUGGACGGUUUUGAUCGGCGCUACUAUGGUUCAAUCCAGUGGGACCGGCUUGGUCUGUUCCUUGAAUCAUUGAGAUCCGUCUGUGAUAUUAUCGUUUUCGACACAGUGCUUCAAAGUAUCAAGUGGGACUUGACAUGUCAGGGUGAGAUUCCUCUGACCGUCGAGUGUGCAGACGAUUUCUGGAAGGAGAUGGAGAAGGUUCCCGCCCGAUACGUUGCAGGAUUAGAAGCAUCGGAUGAGAAGAUGGAGCAAGGAGUAAACGCCAAGAUCAGAGCAUAUGAGGACAUUGAAGAACAAGAUGUCCACUUUCCCGUCACAAGAGAAGAUCAAUAUCGAGUAUAUGCAAUGAUACGGGACAGAGCAAGUGGAUCGCGUCUACCAGCCUACGUCGCUCGACAAAUUAUUGAUCAAGCUGAAUACUGGGUCAAAUCAACUUUCGAGCGCCGUGAGCCACUUGAGACCAAUGCAGGGGAAGCCAAGAGGAACGUCCCAUACCUUCUCAGCGACCCCAUUGAUGGUGCAAGCCAUCUUCCUGUCCGCAAGAUUAUCAUCACCUGCAGUCAUGACGAAGUAUGGAGUGAGUAUCCAGACAAACACGGCAGUUACGAAGGCUCAGACGCGUAUUUCGAUUGUGUCGUACGAAAGUCAAACGGUGAUAUACGCGAACCUUGGUCUGGCCGCAGACACAUAUAUGAUGCUCCCCUCGGGACGCAACCAACGUUCUUUCGACUGAACCUGAUCGAGCCAGGCGACAAACUUGCGAUCUUACCUAAAGCUAUCGCCCCGAGGUGGAUUGACUUUGUUGAAACGGUGCGCAUUGAAAUCUUCUCGACGUUCAUUCUUGAGGAAAAGGAUGGGCACGACGGAGUACGCGGGUUCGAACAGAGAUAUACGAAGCUCUUGGCGCGGAUUAAGGAUGCCAGGAAGCAGGCCCGGUUGCCAACUGAUAAGCCAAAAGAUGUUGAACAGGCACUUCCAAGUACACGUUUCAAGAGGAAGUCAAAGUUGAGCAAUUGGAAUAGGCAGAGGACUUGCGGGGAAUCUCUCUACGGUGAUUUUGAAGAAAAGACACCGGGAUCUCUCGAUCGACUUGCCGCCCAACUAAAACAACGGUCUGGUCAAAGCUCACAGCAUGGUGCUUCUGCACCGAUACCACAACCAAAGAAAGCGCACACAAGACAAGCCCAGACAGUAGGGUACAAUAUGCCUGGAUCAGGCAGUAGUAGCUCCAAUGAUCCGAACAAUCUUGUGAGUAACGCAGUGUCAUCACAACUUAAUACUGUCAAGCCACCGCUAUCGACUGCCUUACAAUUGUGCAUUGAAACUGGAAAGUACAAGCUUGAAAUGAGUGAGCUCGCCCGCCCUAGUCUUACCGUCAGCGAUGGCGAACUCUUCGCAAAGAUACGAGAGAAAUAUGAAAGCACCCGUCACUCGAUACUCCCAACAUGGGCGCGGUUCAAGAAGCCAAAUAGAGCCAUCUUUGUGAAGGUCCGUCCCAGAUCUUCAUCACCAUUCAUACCCCAUGACUAA